AUGAUAUUAAAAAUAAUAUAAACGAAUUAUUAGAUGUAAAAUUGCAAACAUAUUAUCACAACUAUUAGAAUGAGUAAAUUCUAUAUCCUAUUUUCAAUACUUUAAGUUAUGUUAUCAAUAAUACUUUUGAUCUAUGUAUGAAAUAUAUACAACUAGAUUAUGACAGAUCCGAUCCGAAAGUACUAAAUCAUUUUUAAUUACAAUAGUUUACAUCAAUCAAUUGUUGUUCAAGCAGAAGUGAUACUUACAUUAGCUAUCCUAAUUGAUAUUUCAUUAAGAAUAAUAGCAGAAAAGAAAGUAUUUCUUUAUAUCUCUAUUUUAUUAAGUAAUUCUUUAAAGAUAAAUGGAAUAUAAUAGAUUUAGGUUCCUUUAUUCUUAUUUUAAUUUUAUUACUUUUCUUCUAUUUAAUCAAUAAGUAUAUUAUAAUCAAUAAUAUUUAAGUGAAUUUGUAGCAAUAAUUGACGAUGUGAUUGGAUUAAUUGUUAUGGUUUUGAGAUAUAUUCUAUAAAUUGUUAGAUUAGCUCUUUUAAUUAAAUAGUAAGAAUAGUAUUAAAUAGAUCACAUAAAGUUAAACAACUCUAAUAAAUAGAUGAUAUCAAAUUUGAAUAAGUAGAUAAAUAAACUGAAGAUAGCACAGAUAAAUAAUAAGUUGAUGUAAAUUUAUGA